CUCUCUUGGAUGCGUGAAUCGAACUCGGCAUCUUGCGUUCGGGGAAUUUUAUUUAGCGGAUCAGCUCCAACACGAACAGUUCACGCUGUGUGCCGUUGUGCUGCGGAAGAAAAAGGUCGUCGUCGGUUGUCGGGCUGUGUGAUUUCCUUCAAGAAAAUAGAAUCAACGGGCAGAACCCCGCACACACACACACACACACACGCACAUCCCUGUCUCUCUCUCUCUGUCUGUCUUUCUCUGUUCCAUCACCUGCGGUGUAUCUUUCUUCCGUCACCCGGGUGUUUUUGGCCCCCUGAUCCAGCCAGCAGCAGCUGUAAGUGUGUGCUGUGUAAGUGUGCAAAUGUGCGUAUGAAACGAAUGUCAAAGUGCUGAAAAUAAACCCCCCCUCACUCCUAGUCGUGCGUGUGUGUGUCUUCGGUUCUGGGUGUUCUGGGUGCAAUUCCAGUCUCCACAGUGUAUGUGUGUGUACACGUAUGUUUGUGUGUGAGCGUGUUUGUGCAUAGUGCAAGUUUAAAGUGCAGGUGCAUUUAACAAGUGUUUGGUGCAUUCUUUUUUUAAAUCGUGUCUAUUGCGAUCUGGCGUGAGCGCGCGUGUGUUUUAAUCCCCAGUGUCACAGUGUGUUUAUUUUUCGUUUUUAUUUAAUUUUUUGAUUUUGUGCAACAACAAAAAAGUGUGGCUAAAGUUUCCGGUCAAACGUCAAACGCUUGUUCGUUUGUGAUUGUUUUGUCGACCAAUCUGUCCGGUGGUGAUAACCGUUUUGUCUCGGAGAAGAAGCGCCCAAGGAAACGGAGAUGGCAGCACCGAAGGUGGCAUCGAACGGGGCGUCACUGAUCACCUGUCACAAGCUGUUCGCUAUGCGACCAGGUGGGCACCGUGGAGUGGCCGCCUUUUUCAACAGCUUAGCUAGGAAUCAAUCGAUGCGGCAGGAGACACUGAUUGUAUGCGCCCGGCGCCAAUUCUCCAGCGCGACAGUAGCCAGCAGCGGAUGCAGCAACCGAAGCAACAGAAGUACCCGCAAACCCAGCAUCAUCGAAAGUGUAGCCUGUCGCAACUAUAGCACCACUUCCAGCAAUCAUCGCGGCGACAGCAACAGUGAUAUGACGAUGAGCAGCAGAAGAAAUAGCAGCAGCAGUAGUAGUAGCAGCAGCACGACCAUCAGCAAUGCUCCAGAAGUAAGCGUCCGGUACUAUCGCGGAUUGCCCCACGUCACCGUGCCACUGCCCUCGCGGAACGAACGCUGCCAGUUUACGCUGCGACCGGUAACGCACUGUGUGGGCGACUUUCUCGACAUGCUGAAGGUGGAGGACCGUGGCAUCGACCGGGCAGCCAUUCUCAACCGUGAAGGAGUCCGGAUAGCGGCCGCGUGCUCCAUCGAGAACCUGAUGGACGACGAGUUUUGGCUGCAUCUGAACGACAGACAAUACUACGUUAAGCCACCGAAACGUGAAAAAAUUACCUCAGAAGAAAUCACUAGACUAGGCGACGUACAGGCACUCGUGGCACAGCUGUACGAGGCACUGCACGUGGGCGAACAUCAGAUUCAGAAGGAGCGAGAACUUAACGGCAAGCUGGAGCAGCUGAACGAAAAGCUGGGCCCACUGGAAGCGAAAAAAAGCGAACUAGACCAGAAGGCGGCCCGGAAAACGAAUGCCCUGACCUGGGUCGGAUUGGGCCUGAUGUCGGUACAGUUCGGUGUGCUCGCCCGGCUAACCUGGUGGGAGUACUCCUGGGACAUAAUGGAGCCGGUGACGUACUUCGUCACGUACGGUACGGCAAUGGCGGCGUACGCUUACUUUGUCCUUACGAAGCAGGAAUAUCUGCUACCGGACGUGAAAGAUCGCCAGCAUCUCAUCACGCUGCACAAGGCGGCCAAGAAGGCGGGCGUUAAUUUGGCGGAGUACAACGACAUCAAGCGACAGAUAGCGGAGAUCGAGCACGAUCUGCGGCGGCUGCGCGAUCCACUGUACAUGCAUCUGCCGGCCCCACCGCCAAAGACCAAGACGUUUAGCGCGAGCGAACUGGCGUUCGCGAAAAAGCAGCAGCUGAAGGCGGCAACGCUCGAACCGUUGGUCGAUUCGGGUGCAGUCAAGAGUAAACACUAGGGCCGCGAAAGACCACCGUGAAGGAUGCGUAUGUGAGUGGUGUUGUAUUAUCGGCGAAAAGGGAGCUUUGCUUGGAUGGAUGGUGGUGUGUUAGAGCAAAGCUGAAAGCAGAGCGAAAGGAGCACGACGCGUGAGCUCGCACAAGCAACAAUCAAUUUUAAAAGUCACACAUCGAACGUAACGCAAGCGACACUCCCGCCCGCCGGGAGGAAGCGAUUGCCCCUGUAGAGCCUAUUCGAAAUGGCGCACAAAGCGGCCACCCUUAGCCGUGGGAAGUGUACAGUUUAGAAUCGGGUUUGGAAGCGUGUCUCCAGGCAGCGUAACUUCUACCACACACUACUUAAUGCCUCACAAUCAAUCUUCCCUUUGGGUGGGGGGGGGGGGGGGGGGGGUCGCCUGGCAGUACUUAUCGCCGCACGCACAACCAUAAGCGGUACGAUGGGUGGGCCCGGAAAAAAGGUUCCGAUUGGAAGCGUCCAUUGUGUUUAGCCGUUUUUUAUUACUUUUUUUUUCUUGUCAUAUCUGUUGUUUUGAAAAUGUUGCAUUAUGCUCAGUGUUUAAAUUAAAACCAUUUCAACUAAUUACCUCAUGAACGCGACCACCUCCCCCCGAAGAAAAUGCAAUAGCGGCGGCACCACAACCACGGUUUCCCUGCAUCUCGGUAGCGUUUAUUGUGCAUUUUCCCUACCCGUACGCGGAAAUGGAAUGUUUGUUAGUUUUACUACAUAUAUGUGUGUGAGUGUGUCGGUAUUUGAGUUUUUUUUUUGUUUGCUUACGAACCAAUUGUCUAAAGUGUUGUACUGCCUCAGUUAAUGAAUCUCACACCCAGAGCAGAAUGUCAUUUGUUUGUAUUGAAAGUUAAGCUUUGCUUUAAGUACACACCGAAACGCACACAGUUUGAUUCCGGUUUUGAUUUUUUUUUUUUUUUAGAAAUGAAAAGCCAACUCUUGGCUAGAGAUCUGAGGGCUUGAUUUCACCCUUAAAACUUUAACAACAACAAAAAGGUACGGACAAGCGUGUUCAUAGUGUGUUUAAAACAACGAUUGAAGAAAAAACCUGUGUAAACGCUUCUAUGUAUGUUUUUUUUUUGUUAGUUUCUUAAUAUAUAUUGGGGUUUUUAAAUAAAUCGACGUUUAAUUUUAUUUUUAUUAGUUUUUUUUACUUUAGUUUUUAUUUUUUUAUUUUUGAAUUCGCGUUACAAGGAAGGAUAAUCGAGCUAUAUUAAUAAAUAUUCAGCAUUAUCGGUGCCUUUUCUUUAAGCUAAACAGAAAACAAACACGUACGACGCGUAUGUUCAGUGGUGUGUGCACUAAAGGCACUAAAUCCGCUUUAACCCUAGUCAGGGCAACCGGCUACCAGAGUACCUAAACCUAUAUUUUCGGCUCUAUUUACUUCAUUUGAGUAAAUUACGUCUGUCUGCUUUGACGAGGUUUAUAUCUUUUGAAAGCGUAAUUCAAUUUUGGCGUAAUAUUUUUCCUGACAAUCCGAGUCCGAUGGCUAAGGCAAUAACGGUGCCGGUCUUCACACAGCAGGACCGGUGUUCAAAUCCUAUCCCGACCGCCUCCAGGAACACAGGGUUGACUACUUUGCUGUGGGUAAAAUCAAGUCUCAGAAAGCCAGAAAUUGGUUGGCCGAGACCUCUCGAGUUUGCAGUGCCAACGAAGAAGAAGAGAUUCUCUUGAAAAUUAAACAAAUAUUGCUUUUGUUCAAUUAAGGUAAAUACGUUGCCUCAACCCCAAGCCUUUUCAUUUUAUGAAUGUUCUAAGAUGUCAGUUUUCGUUCCCAUAAAUUGAAAAAGGUAAAAAAUAAUUAUUAAAGUACUUUUCCAAUUUUGUCAAAGGAUUGUCUAACAAAAUUGUUACGGUUUUUAAUUCAAACUAAAAUAUAUUUUUACUUAGUGUAAAACAAAAUUCUGAAAUAAUGUUAUACUUGUGACCUAUAGUCCUAUUAACUGUUGGAAGCAACAAUUUGUUGUCCAUAUAUUGUAAGCACCUCAAAUAUUUAUUUUACUCAUUUUGCUGUAUAAAAUCAUGCAAACUUUCAAGAGCCAUAAUAUGACUAUGGCUUGGAUUUGAGGUGACAUAAUUACUCCACUGAAAAGAAAUCAAAAAAUGUAAUUGAAUUUUAAUGAAAAUAUUGCACCGCAAUUGGAUUACGCAUUCAAAAGAUAGAAGCCUCCAAAACUGGCUGCAAAUUGUCCUUGUAACCUGUUUGCCUGGAAUAUGAAGUUUCUGCCUCCGGUUGUCUGCGACAGGGUUAACUUGUUUGUACUUUGUUGUAUGUACUAGUAUGGAUUUGUUCUCGAAAACAAAGCAAAAACCUACUUAGACUAUUGUUAAUAUUGUUGAACAUAUACGAAUUAUACGUGCGUGCGCGUGUGCAUUAGGCUAGUGAUAAUUUGAGUGAAGUAAAGAAAUCACCCCGUAUCGCCCGGAUUAUUAACACCUAACACAUACUAAGGCAAUUGCAGUAAGGAGAAACCCUAUUACGUUACCAAUGAAACUUAAACAAAAUUGUCACAAAACCGAGGCGGAGGGAAAAGUAUUAUGGUUGUGUAUCAAUGGGCAGGCAGGCGGGAAAAACAUAGCCGAAGAACAGAGCAACACAGAAGAACAACAGUUAACGUCACUUUACUUUUGAAGUAAAAUGCACAAAAGCUUAAAUGCUAUCAUCGGGGAAAGGAGAUGUAAAAGUAUCGAAACCUCUACUACUACUUAUAAUACUACUACUACUACUACUCCACACAGCUAGGCAAAUUACUAUUUAAACAUUUUCUAGAGCAACUUGCCUUCCGUCUUACCAACCGAAAAUGAGCGUGAGAAUGAUAGGGAAAAACGCACACGCACUCGGUUCGAAGUUACACUUGUUUGUUGUUACACUCGUUUUCAUUGUAGCGAUUCUACUCGUGCAGUACUCGAUCACGUGGCCCUGCUUUAUCUAAAAUUUAAACAAAACUUUAAAAAAAUCGAGCUUUUCAACACAAAACUACUCGCUCUGUGUACGGUUGCAAGUGCGAAUUGCGCAUGCUUUAUAGCAUGCAGCUCCUAACAACAAAACAGAAGGCUUUAACCGAUCAUGAAGCUGCUAUUAAGAAUACACGACAAGCAUAGCAAAUCUCAUUCGUUGCUCGAUUCCCUCGGCUCUCGUGGGAUUAGCGGACUUUGGUAGUAUUUAAUAUAAACAAACCCAACAGAACGAAAUCUUCGAAGCUAAGCUAAGCACACACACAUCAUGAAGCUGCAGGAGUACAACUAGGAAAAAAAGGAGGACAGAGGAGAACCUUGCAUGAAAAAAAAAACUACACUAAACUACCUUCUAGAGUGAAAACAGAAACAAGCGCAACCUAUCGUGUUAACCUGUGACCAACCAAACUGUGUAGUGAUCUCAGUGGGGUGAUCUGUAGUGUCGGGUAGAUCGACCACACACACACGCGGUUCAACCAACAACAGUUUGAUAAUACCUUUUUAGAGCCAUUUUUGAACCUACUUAAAUACAGAAAGAACAAAAAAAAAUCAGCCCUCUUUAUACACUCUGAUCGGGGCAGACGGCACCACCACUAUAGCUCCGCCAUGCUUUCACCAGGAAGCUGCUGCUCCUGCUGGUAGACACUUAGAAUUUUCUCUCGCCACGCCUAAACUCUCUUGCCGUCUCUUAAUCGUUCGAAGGCGACGUGAUAGACGUUAAGACCCAAGGAAGCUUUCAAUCUCUCAACAACAAUCUCAAACAAUCUCUCUAGUUAGUGCUGUUGAAAGAGGCCUCGCACUUUCCCCCACUUGUUCUGGCUCCUUACGCUAGUCCACAGUAGUAUCAUCUAGAAGCACCUUAACCUUAACCUUUUGCCCACAUAUCUUGGCCAGUGCGUUCCUUGUGCGAUCGUUUGUAGUUGUUCGUUACGGAGUCCCCGCUGUUUUCUACGUAACUGCGUAACACUUCCCUUCUAUAGCUAGCUCCACAAACCCAGAACUGAUAGCUGACGUUUUAAUUGAUAGUUAAUCUUCUACUUCCAGACAUCCAGAAUAUAUCUAGUUCAAGCCCUAUCUCCAUUUUGUUUCACUCUUUUCCACUAUGAACAUCUGACGGCAUUGUCUUACGCUACAAGCGAGUACUACAAACCAAGAUACUAGUCCCGUUAACUUAAAACGAAAUAAGAAACCCUUUUAUCAAGUGCCAACUUAUAACACACACACACACACACGAAGAAGAACAACCGGAACAGUUCUACCUACUUUCGGUCCCUUUCUAAGCUAGUGAACAUAUAUAUACAUAAAUCUGGUGAGUUUUUCGUCCCACUUUCCUUCCUCACUUUCGCAGCUGUAGUACCACUUAUGGGAGGUUAACAGUAAAAGUUAGCAAAAAAAAA